AAAUUUACGUUAGAUCAACAAAUAACAGAAUCGUGAACAGUACUUGUGUAUCAGAGAAAUAGUUAACCUUCUUAGUCUUUGGAAAACAUAUUUAUCACAGGAGAUAUAAAGAAAGCGAUAUAUUACAUUCUGAGGAAUUUAUUUGUCUUUAUUUUAGAAAGCGAUUUAUUUAUUUUCAAUCGCAAAAGACGCUUUUCUCGGACCAUGUUUUAACCAAGUGGGGUUCGUCCCCGUUUCUAAAUAAACCGUAUUUACCGUUAAAAAUCGGUCGGGCAACUGUUUCAAUCAAACUGAUACACAAUCCGUAUUAAAACUUAUAGCAAUGGAAUCCGCAUUAACGUCACCAGUUGUGAAAUCAUUCAUGUGUGGAAUGUUCAGUGGAACAUGCUCCACGCUACUGUUCCAGCCAUUAGACCUGGUCAAGACCCGUUUACAAGUUUCAGUAAAUGUUGGAGGACGUGUAGGAAUGGUCACCAUCUUUUGUAAUGUUGUACAACAAGAUACUAUGAGAGGGUUAUGGAAAGGUAUUGUUCCUUCAAUCUCGAGAGGAGUCCCAGGCAUUGCAAUCUACUUUUCUGGAAUUACAGCCUUAAAAGCAAAAUUAGAAGAAAAGGGAAAGAAACCCAACCCUUUAAAAUCAGUUUUGAUUGGAGCAGUUGCCAGGGCCACCUCAGCAAUAACAGUUAUGCCCUUUACAGUGUUGAAGACCAGAUUUGAGAGUGGAAAAUUUAAUUACAACAGUAUGUUUGGUGCUCUAAACAAUAUACUUAAAACAGAAGGUGUUAAAACUCUGUUUUCUGGUCUUUCUCCAACACUGGCAAGGGAUGUGCCCUUUUCUGGGCUCUACUUUAUGUUUUACUCUCAACUAAAGAGUACAGUUCAAGGAAACGUUCAAAAUGAGAAUUUACUUCCCGCCUAUCACUUCAUGUCUGGGGUUGCAGCUGGGAUGAUGGCAUCACUGAUCACACAACCUGCUGAUGUCGUUAAAACUCACAUGCAACUAGAGCCACUCAAAUACAAGAAGCUUAAAGAUACCAUCCAAAUUAUUUACCAGAAGGAUGGAUUUAAUGGUUUCUUGCGUGGAAUUGUGCCAAGAGCUUUAAGAAGAACUCUCAUGGCAGCAAUGGCCUGGACAAUUUAUGAAGAGGUGUCAAAGACAUGCGGCUUGAAAUAAAAAAAGGCAGCAUGAUAAAAAGGAAGUCCAGUUCAUACAGGAAUGGAAUCAACUCAGGGAAGUGACGAUAUCUGGUGUAUGAAUUGAGGAGUAUCUGAUGGACAACGGCAUGAUCAUUAAAACUAUUGUCAAUUGUUCCUAACGAACAUUUUUGACUGUGAAAUUUUUCUUUUGAUAUGUAGUGGAAUUUUUAAAAAGUGGAGAUUUAAAAAACUACUUCCUAUAAAGGUUACAGCAGUUUUGCUUCAAUUUAUUUGAUGCUGUCCCAUGGAAAUUAUACAGUGGUAUGAUGUAUUUAUUUGAGCAGUUGAUAUGAAGGCUAUGAGAGACAUUUAGAAAAAGUUGUGCACCAUAUGCCCAAUCGUGACGUGCAAUCAAAAAUUAGAAUGCAUGUUUGUUUUAACUAUAUAGUGCUUAUAUAUGAAACUAAUAAAAUGAUUGAGAGUGGGUUUUUAAAGAAAAUUAUUUGAAUUUUUAUACCUAUUUCAAGUUAAAACAAAGUUUUAUUCCCAUAUUAACAAAAUCUUGAUAUGAGAAAGUACGAUAGAGUGUCGACUGUCAAAUUUUGAUAUUUGUCAGAUUUGAAAGUUGAAUGAUAUUGUUACCACUGGUAUACAUGGAUGGAUAAUCACAUGUAAAAUAUGUCAUAUUGCUCAUUUCCAUGAAAUGUUUAUUUAUUUAUGCAACAACUUUUCAUUUUAUUAUCAUUGAUCAACAGAAAACCAGAGAUCUUUCAGUUGAAUAAAACUUUUAAAUAUGUAA